CUGAUGGAACGAACAAGGCAGCAGAGAGAACCCUGAUGAGUGAGGUUUGUCGCUGCAUCUGGACCGAAAGUUGCGCCAAAUGCGGGGGAGAACAACAAGGUUCCGAACCAGCCAUUCAUCUCCUACCCGUCUUCACCCGAAUAGAACACCCGGUCAUUUUCGCUGCAUCUGGAUCGAAAGUUGUGCCAAAUACAGCUCUGUAAUGACCGCGCGUUCUAUUUGGGCGAAGUAACGCAAGCACAGUUGCCUGCGUUGAGGAGGUGAGGAGCUUGGGAGAGAGGACAGCUUGGGAGAGAGAGAACAGCUUGGGAGAGAAGGCAGCUUGCGUGGGAGAGAGAACAGAUUGGGAGAGAAGGCAGCUUGGGAGAAAGAGGGCAUAGUGCCAGUGCCAGAGUAUUUGGCCAUGCCGCACAAUAAGCGGCCAUUCGUGACGGCCGUUUCAUUGUUGUCGCUCAACGCUGCUCUCUGUUCUUCCGUCGGACCCGUCUAUGACUUCAUAUGCAAUCUCUCUUAUUGGGAACGUCGGAGGGAGCAGAGAAGAAUAGAGAGAAUGAAGGACUUGUCUACGAGGUCGGCGCCAUCUCUACAGAGUAGCAAAGCUUAGCGGACGUGGCACCUUUGACAGCAGCAAGACAUGGUGAUCGCCUCUCUGGAUCCUCGUCUCUUGGUCAGAUGACAAGUCAGAUGGCGCUCGGCGGCGUACAGGCGCGGUUUCGUGCUUGAGAAUCUGGCGUGGUCGAUGGCUGGAUAUAUCAUGUCUGCUGUGUGCACGCUAUGAAUGCAAGUGUACGAAGCAGAACAAGCCAUACCAGCCAGCUGGGAGGAACACAGCCGAUCCACAAGGAAGGAGUACCGCUGGACCACAACGAGUUCCGAAAGAUGCAGAAUGGUUGUCCCACAUGACUCGCCCACAGAAGAACCGACAAUGGAGGAAAACACCCACUUGCGGGUAAUCCCGAUUGGUGAAUGAUCGUUUUCGUAAAUGGGGGCAUGGCAUGGGCCUCCUAAUGCAUAGGUGGAGGCACUGUCCCGCAUACGACGCUAAGAUGGCGGCAAUUAUGAGAGGGGGGGGAUUGGCUUUCCAUCCGCCACUGGCAGGCUGCCAUAUAUCGGCUUCUGUCCCCCGGACAUACCAGGAUCGGAGUCGUGAAAGCCACGAAUUGCGCAGAGCUUUCCUCGGGGCUGAUGAUGGUUCGAUGGAAGGUUCUGCCAUCCACGCCCCUCUCGCUCUGUCAUGCUGUGGCCGGCGUUCCCUCACUGCUGUCGUCGGUAGGGGAUCGAAACCACAGUGCUCUUUUUGUGUGACUGUGCAGUGUUCUUCACUCACCGACUGGGCAUCCAAUGCCAGCAGGGCGGGUUGUGAUGUUGUUUGCGGAGGGUCAGUCGCUCGUCGUGAUUGUCGUUUCCGGAAGCUUUGUGCGAAAGGCAGUGAUUGUGAAAGAAGUGAGACUCUGGCAAAUGUCAUGUCCUGUAAACUUCGGCGUGCACAGAUUAGGUGCAGAUUACAAGCUGCAGCACAUACUAGACAACAGAGGCAGUGCUUGUAUUCAGAGUUUUCGGGUCUGCAGUGCUUGUCAAGCAACUGCUUGGGCGAGAGCAGGAGUUAUCGUGCUUAUUGCUGUCCCAAAUGUCGGAGACCGUGUACACGUAUAGCUUCUGCAUCCAAUUCGCCAUCUCCAUCCUCCUCCUCCUCGUCAUCGGUGCCAUCUUCUUCUUCUUUCUCUUUGUCGGGGUCCUCGUCAUCUUCCUCCUCUGCGUCUGUGGCGUCAUCUCCUGAUGAAAGUCAGCCUGGAGAAGAACCCUCCUCCUCGCCCCAAGCACCAUCGUUCCCUGCCUCCAAUCACUCCUCCUCGCUUCUUGCUGGUGGUGUAUUGUCAUGGUGGCCAUGGAGAAAAAGGCGAUCGGCUCAGAGGGAAGAAUACAUUAACUUUUUUCUCCAGCUUGCGAGGGCACGCACAUUGUUCAGUGAUGCUCUGCAGGCCUUCUUCCGCAGCGAGCUUCGUCGGCGUGCAUUCGUCACGGUUGCACUGAUCGUCCUUAGCAGAGUUGGGCAUUUCAUUCCUGUCCCUGGGUUCGAUCGCCGCCUGAUGCCCCGCGACUUUCUCGAUGUCGUGUCGGGUGUCGUUGAGGAGUUUGGAGACCUUAACUCCUCACUCGUUCUCAACAUCUUCCAGUUGGGAAUGAGCCCGUACAUCAUGUCAUCCAUCGUCAUGCAGGUGCUGUGCCUGGUUGUGCCGUAUUUCGUGCGUGCGAGGAAGGAGGGCCUGGACGGACAGGACACUAUCAAGUGGUACACGGGAAUGAUAGCCAUUGGGAUCGCGGUGGUGCAGAGUCUGGUUGUUGCGGGCAUGUCGGUCCAGUUCUCGCUGUAUGCGCAAUCGCGGCGUUUUUUGUAUUUUUUGGUGACGUGCUCGUACCUUACCCUUGGCGCAUGGCUUCUGCAUAAGAUCAGCGAUCAUAUCACCUUGGCGGGUUUCGGCUCGGGCUCAUCGGUCAUCAUUUCCAUCAGCAUCUUGAGGGGUUACGCCGAUUCGCUGAGCGUCUUGGCGAGGAACAUGCAGCAGAAUGGAGGUAUUACCGAGGGGUCGUCCUUUCUCCUUUUUCUUCUCUUCUUCUUGUUGAUGACGGCGGGGGCGGUUUUCGUUAUCGAGGGGCGAAGGAAGGUGCCCAUGGUGUAUUUUCAAGGCGAGGGUAGGAGUCGGGGACGCUUCUCGCCCUCCUCGAUGCGAUCAGUUGUCGCCGACUCUGAGUCUGAGGCCUACAUCCCUUUCAAUAUCAACCCUGAGGGUAUGCAGCCUGUGCUUCUUGCCACCUACCUUCUUAGCGUUCCCGGGCUUAUCGCAAGCGCCACUAGGAACCCAUCCGCCAUCCUCGUUCGUGACGCUCUCAAUCCGCUCAAAGGUGGCCCUUGGCUGUAUUAUUCCUGCAGUUUCCUCCUCAUAUUUGUGAUGAAUCAGCUCGAUUUCAUGGAUCUGCCAAAGGAAAUGGCGGAGUACCUUACCAAGAUCGGUGCAAGGGUCCCUGGUGUCCGACCAGGGGUCGCCACAAUUAAGCAUCUGGGGUUUGUUCAUGCCAGUGCACGUUUCUGGGGGGGCCUACUACUUGCUCUUCUGACGACCGUUUCCGGCCUCGUUGAUCAGCGCUACCGGGCCAAGUACCCAGGCCUCACCAUCGGGUUUACUUCGAUGCUCAUUAUUGUGGGUUCGAUUAUCCAGACUAAGCGUGCCGUUGUCGCUUAUCAGCAAAUGCCAAAGCUGCAGAAAGUUCUGCGCAAGUAUAGAGUCUGACCUGUUUGUUGUUUUCCAGAAUAUGUACAAGCGCCACGUUGUCUGUCCCGAUUCUUUCGAUGGCAAUGACCUAUAUUAGGUGGCACUUGUACCGAGGCUGGCUUUCCCUUAUGCAUUUGACCGCUAUUACUGCUAGAUUCAGCCCAAAAAGUCCAUGUCUCUGUCUUUGAGCUCGACUCGUUAAGGCCUUUCCCUGUCACUAGGUUUCGCUCUUGCUCAUCGGUUUUGUGGCCGUUGUGCAAGUUUGUAGGGAUUUUUAAAAAAAAAUCCUUUUCCUGGUCAAAAAUGUAAGGGUUCUUGCAAGGAUUUUUUUUCCCUUUUUUCUUUUUUUUUUUUCCAAUUUUCUGGCCCGACUUUGAGAGGAAGUUUCCCCCUCUGCUCACUUUUUGAAAAGAGAGUACCUUUAAGGCUUUAACCUUUGAAAAUUCAAAAUUGGCAGUAAAAAAUAUGAAAAAAAUAAAAAAUGACGGUGUUGUUUGUCGAUCGGCUUACAGUUGCUGUGGUAUUUCUCCGGCGAAAUCAUCUCAUAAACCCCUGCAGGAGCAGAGAGAGUGGAUCUAAAAAGACAUGUUACUCCGAUGGAUCGUUAAUCAAAUGAACCGAACCGA